GAGAUCCUGGAGUGCUACGACAGGGACGACGACAAUCGAAUAGGCCCGCAGGAGUUCGAGCAGUUCAUGCAGAACCCCGAGGUCCACGAGACGAUGGUGAAGUUCGGCACCGACCCCGGGGGCCUCAUCGCGCUGCACGAGGCCGGCCUGAUCUUCAAGGACGCCAAGAGAGUCCGCGUCGCCAGCUUGACCUUCCAAGAGUUCAUCCAGUUCGUGCUGCAGCUGAAGGCCAGGGGGGCGGCCCUGCGCCCGAGCUCCCUUCUCAAGCAAAAAGGCAGCCUGCCCUUCCUCCUCAAUUUUAGCUCAAAGCGGGUCUACACAGUCUGA